UCUUACUUCCCCAGAGAAGCAGAAGUGAAAAAAGUGUUGUUAGGCUAGUUCGAUGGGGCCCUCCCACUACAGUGCAGAGGAGAGUGUUAAAGAGUCGCUUUGCUUUUUAUAGACAUGUCAUGUAAGGCUGGUGUGAUAUGAAUGACAGUGACAGGAUCCAAUGAUUCACCAAAGAAGCCUGCAAACAGCUUGCAAUGACAGACUGUUUCCUUCGGUGGGAGUGAAGGCAGGCUGCAGGCUGCGGUGAGCUCCCGUCACAAUGCAUCCGAUGCCUGUGUGCUCCGUUAGCGGCGGAGACAUAUUUGACUGUAUACAGAGAGGAAACGUUGAACAGUGCAUACAGUUCCUCCAGACCGAUCGGUCGGUCCUCAAGCAAAAAGGAUGGGGUGGUUUCACCCCGCUCCACUACGCUGCCCUCCAUGGUAACCGCGCCAUGGUUGACCUUUUCCUCAGUAAUGGAGCUGACCCUAACGUGGCAUGUGAUGCGGGACAGACAGCCUUUCAUUUUGGCUGCAGGCAGGGGAACAUCUACAUCAUGCACCAAAUGAUGCAGUACGGAGCUGAUUUGCGCCUCAUAGACCUGCAGGGAAAAACAUCACUGCAUCAUGCGGUCACUGGGGGCAACAUUGUUGCAGUGCAUUAUUUGUGGGAGACGGGGAUGUUCCGGUUCUCAGACACAGACAAGUACCAGGUGACACCCCUUCACCUGGCUGCAUCCACAGGAAACACAGAGGUGGUCCGCUAUCUGCUCAGAGGCCAGAGGUGUGCUAUUGAUGCAGUCGACCAGCAGGGAGCGACAGCGCUUCACGUUGCAGCAGAGAGGGGCGGAGUGGAGGUGUGCUGGACUCUGCUGCAGAGAUCGGGCUGCAGGAUGCUCCACGAGAAGAGCCACAGCGGCCUCACGCCACUGGACCUCAGCAAACAGGGGAAAACAUUUAGACAUCAGCAACUCACCAAGCUACUGAGUCGGUACAUUAAUGAGCCAAUUCAUCACAAGCCCAGAGAGUCUCAUGUUCUGUAUUACUGGACACUGUUUUUUCCAACUCUGAGCGGAGCUGCCAUCCUGCUAAUAGCAGCCAUGUUGGGAGGCUACGGAGGGAUAAGCUGCGCUUUGCUCUUCCCCUGGCUGGCCAGAAGCAUCUUCACACAGUACCACCGCAUGACCACAUACCAAAGGUUGCCCAACCCGAUCUACCUGGGGACCCUCAUAGCUGGCUUGUUCCAUUCCCUGCUCUGCUUCUAUGGAAAAAUAAUGCCUAGUGUGUGGCCAACCAGUGCUCUGGUCCAGGUGUCAAUGGUCCACUUCUCCCUGGUCAUCGGUCUGUUCUGUAAGGUUCUGACUCAGGACCCGGGGACACUGGACAGAGCAGAUGCAGAUCCGCGGUUCUCCUGUAUCGCUGACCUGGUGGAGAACAACCAGAGCCCCCACAGGUUCUGUCCCUACUGUGAGUUGUUUCCACCUGACUUCACUAAACACUGCAAGCUGUGUGACCUGUGCAUCAAAGACUACGACCACCACUGCCUUUUCCUCAACCGUUGCAUCGGCCGGGGGAACCACCGCCUUUUCCUCCUCUUCAUCCUCUCCAUGGUGAUUGCCCACCUUCUCUUCGUUGCCACGGCGACGAGUUACCUGUCUGAGAACACGCCUGCGGGCGGCCGCAGCUGGUCCUCGUGGCUCACGCUGUUAGGAGAGGAAUUCUGGGUCGUGGUCAUGAUGUGCAUGAACGCGCUGACGCUCCUUUGGGAGGCGUGGCUACUCAUCGAGCAGUUCGAUGCCAUCGCCACCGGAACGACCACCUACUUCAGACAGUGUGAGAGCUCGGCACGACAGAGGUCACUGGUGCAGCGCUGGGUCAUAGUGCUGUCGUUCCUGCUGGACGGUCGGAGACGAGUGGGCAGCGGCCAAACAAGAGAGGACAAAACUGCCAUAGACAUUUGAUACUGUCAGUCUGUGUUGUAUCCAGCUGUUGUUACAUCAUCACUCACUUACAGAUGUGCAGUCUAGGUUUACUUAUACUUAUAACUUAAGCUAAUAACUACUUUCUUUAUUGAUUAAUCUGACAAUUAUUUCCAUGAUAAACUGAUUAAUAAUUUUGGUUUAGAUAAUGUCAAAUAACCAGAAUUACAGCCUCGCGGUUGUAUGUCUCUGCGCACCAGUCGAGUUGCUGUUCCUGAGCUGUGGUGUUGAGUAACAGGCAGAACAUUUUAAGCAGAUAUAAAAAUGUCGUAACGUCAUCAUUUUAUCCUUUUAGACAUUUAUGUAAAUUGUUAUAGUAACAGCACUAUAGGUCACAGUGAUCUUGACCUCUGAACUUUGGCAUCCAAAUUCUUAUCUGUUCAUCCUUGAGUCACAGUCGACACCAAAUUUGAAGAAAUUCCUUCAAAGCGUCCUUGAGAUUUCACGUUUACAUGAAUGUAACGGACAAAUGGACAACCUGAAAACAAAAUUCCUUUCGGCCAUGGCUGUCGCCGGUGCCGAGGCCUGUAAAUUCUCAUCACAAUUGCCCCAAACCCAAAGUGACGUCUUCAAAUCGCAUCUUUCGUCCAACCAACUGUCCAAAACAAGAAAACAUUUUAUUUACUAUAAUAACUGAUAGAGAAAAGCAGCCGGUCAUUACUUUUAUGAAGCUCGAACCAGCGAGUGUUUGACAUUUUAGUUUGAAAAGCGACCAAAGCGAUUAAUCGAUUAUCAAAAUAGCUGCGGAUUAAUUAGAUCUUUAGAUCGACUAAUCGUUGCAACUCUACAGUUUACAGUCUUUGGUGUGCACUCAACUUUGUGAGGAUGUCCUCUAUAGAUUUAGUAACUCUCUGAUGCCAUAUAACAUGUUGUACUUGAAUGUAAAAAAAAAAAGAAAAGAAAAGAAAAAAAAGGUUAUAUCCUAAUAUUCUAUUUUAAUAUACAGUAGGUUUCUCAGCAGAUUUGUGGCUAGCAGGAUAACUAGCACUAAGAGUGUAGAUGUUCCCCCUAGUUUUUAGAGACCUCACUGAAUACUUGUUAAGUAACUUAUUGGUUUACCUCGUCCUGUGUAAAGUGAUGGACAUUUCCUCAACUGUGUUUUAGCAGGGAAACGCCUCUGAAUGAAUGCAAACGCCCAUACCUGUUUUUUGUAGUCGACACUGGCCUACCUUUUUUAAACGUCAUCGUGUUUUAAAUGCAGCGUUUCGCAGUGCAAAGCUUCUGGUUCAAGGUUGUGAAGACCUGAGCGUUUUUAACAUUAGCGCGUCCUGUGAUUAGCCAGUGAUAAUGGUUACGGAGGGUGCACUGAAAGGCUUUGUUCCUAACAUAAUGUCAUUACCUCUCUGACCUGCUCUCGGUCAUUUGGACCAUGACACUUCCUCUGCUCUUGCUAAUGAGACAUGCUCUUUUCAUGUCUUCAAUUAAACACACUCAUUUCCUGCGUGUCCCUCAGGACCAUAUUUCUAGAUUACAGAUGACGUUCCCCACACCCCUUCAGAGGCGUGUGUGUCUGGACUGUGUGAGUGGCUGCGUCACGUGACAUGAUUUAGUGUCUACUGUACAGCCUGUUAUGCAUAUUGGAGUGGUUGAGAUGGGUGCAUGUAAGCCUGUGAAACUGAGUGCUUUUACUGUAUUUUUCUCAGUCACUAAAUCAGUGUUAUUGUAUUGAUCUGGCUGAAAUGUGUCGAUAUCGCAGUAUAUUUUAUAUGUACUAAUAUAUCUUAUCUGUGGUGGCACAUUUCCUUUUGGUUUCCAACCUGAUACUGUGAUGUUUUGCUUUUUUUUUCUGGUGUGAGAACAAUGUGUUUAAUACAUCACCGACAUCUGCCAUUUAUAGACGAAAUAAACCAACUUUCUCAUUGA